AUCUCAUGGCAAUUAGCAAAGAGCUUAAUUUUGAUCCACUAUUUUGAAGAUCAUCUUUCAAGCCUUCGCCCCCCAGUGGCCAAAGCCUUCUCUAUGUUUCAUACUCAAGUUUAUCUUAGUUAGGUGUGGGCCAGAAGCACACCGAGAGGGUUAUUUUAAAAAAUAAAAAAGAAAAUUGAGGAGGAAUUUUCAUGAAAGAAAAUAUGGAUAUUGAUCAUCCUUACCAGCUCAUAAAGGGAUUACCAAAAGGAGCACUAUCUGUAAAGUGUAAAAUUAUGUGGUUGAUGUAAAAAGAAGCUCCUUUCGCUGUAUAGAUUGUAUACCUUUUUUGAAAUUUAUACAACUGAUUGUUCAACUAUUGAUCUCCCAGAUGUUCAAACAGUUCAAUGAAGAACAGGAUGCAAGUAACAUGAAGAUUAGAAAUAAUGAAUCAGCAGAAAGCAGAGUUCAAAGCUUAAGGGUCACUGAAGAGGAAACAGCUAGGGUUUCAUCAUGUCAAUUAGGAGAUUUGAGUAGUAGGUUGUGCCACUGCUCACUGAAUUAUUUAAAACCAGUUGCUGUUAAGGAAGCCUAUCGACGCUUCUUAGAUAAUAAAGUAACUCAGUCCUCACCUUCCCCUGCACUCUGCUUUGUGAAGACAGUGCCUCAAGAUACACAAAAUUCUCAUAUUACAGCUUUUAAUUCAGGAGAUGGAUCCUCGACGUCAGAUAAUGAAUCAACUUCAUCAAAUACCGUUCGGGAUGUACAUAUUUCAAUGCGAUUGAUGGAGGAUUUUCUUGAUCUUGCUAAGGAAAAUACAGAAAAGGAUCUGGAAACUUGUGGUAUACUUGGUGCCUUCCUUGAGAAGGGAACCCUCUAUAUGACUACUCUAAUCAUACCAAAGCAGGAAUCAGCUUCUAAUUCUUGUCAAGCUACAAAUGAGGAGGAAGUUUUCAAAAUCCUAAAUGAAAGAUCACUUUAUCCUGUAGGAUGGAUCCAUACACAUCCUUCUCAGAGUUGUUUCAUGUCAUCGGUGGAUCUGCAUACUCAACACUCAUACCAGAUGAUGAUUCCUGAGGCGUUUGCUAUUGUUUUGGCACCAACUGAUACCUCAAGGAGCUGUGGACUAUUUCGCCUAACAGACCCUGAUGGAAUGGAGAUUCUGAAAAAUUGCCAGGAGAAAGGAUUCCAUCCACACAAAGAACCAGAUAAUGGGAACCCUGUGUAUGAACACUGCUCCAAUGUGUACAAAAACUCCAAUCUAAGGUUUGAAAUCUUUGAUUUACGCUAAAAUUCACUUUGAUAACAGCAUACUCUAUCCUAUGGCAAAUAUAUGAGUGUAAUUACAGUAAGCAUGUCGUAGGUAGUAGUUACUCAUCGGAAAGAAUAAUGUUGUACAGUUGUUGUAUUGUUUGGUUUAAUCAAUGCAAUGUAAUAAAUACGUUUGGUUCA